CGCCCGAAAUGGUACAGCCGGUUGUGUGGCUGUGAAUGACAGCCGUCACUUUGGCGCGGGCUGCGGGAGCAAGGGAACUGCUGAGCUGUGCACGUAACAUACAACGUGCACUACACAUUUCUUCAUCCACAACGUCCUGCAUGGCUCCUUGGCACAGGACAGCCGCUUUUAUAUGGUCAACACUUGCUUUUCUUCUUUAUUUUGGUUACACGUCUGCUGCUGAUCCAGAACAUGCCAUAAACUACUUCAACAAUGCACCAACUCGGUUGUUCUUUUUCGACGAUACGACUAGUGUGAUAUACCAUGAUGCUAUCUUUGGAGAUAUACAUGUCUCUCAAGACGAAGGCAAGACCUGGAAACGCGCAGAUGACAUACCACCUGGGGAGGCUGCAAUGUUUAUGGAGCACCCAUUCAACAACCGCGUGGCAUUCGUAUUAACAAACUCCUACACGCAUUACCGCACAGACGACCGCGGAAAGUCAUGGCGCACGUUCAAUGUCCCCGAGCUAGUGGCCUAUGUCCAAAAACCACUCUCAUUCCACUCGGAUCCCAAAAAGUGGCAGUACACCCUCUUCCAGGCCACUAAAUGUGACCAAAUUCCCUGGGGAGAACAAUGUCGAGACGUGACAUACUACAGCAAAGAUGGAUUUGCCUCAUCACCACAACUUCUCCUAGAGGACGUCUCCCGUUGCCAAUUCGCUCACAGUAGUAAGGAUUUCAAACAUGACGCUCACGAGGACCUCGUCUACUGCGUCGCUUAUGACUCUUCCGCUACGGCUGGCUCGCACAACAUCGCAAGCAGUCGUCUGUACUCCAGCACAGACUUUUUUGCCACCAAGCAGAACGAAGACCUUGGCAUCGGCAAGAAUGCCAAGGGUGUCGUGGCAUUUGCAAUCGUGUCCAAGUUUGCCGUGGUUGCGCUCAAGGACUUGACGCCCGGCAGCGAGGGUGACAUGCUGUUAUAUGUUACUGUGAACACCAAAGAAUGGGCCAAGGCACAUUUCCCACAUGCCUCCCAGGCUCGCUUGCGGGAGAACGCAUACACCAUUGUCGAGUCUACAGUUCACUCUCUAGCAGUAGAUGUCGUCUUGCACGACAUAACCACUGUCGGUACCCUGUUUGUCAGCAACUCCAACGGCACCUACUUUGUGGAGAGCUUGAUGAACACGAACAGAAACAUGAUGGGGUAUGUCGACUACGAGACCAUAUAUGGCGUUGAGGGUGUUGGUAUUUCCAACGUCGUCGCUAAUGCGCAAGAUGUUGAGAGGCAGAUGGCAGCCAAGCAAUUACGGUCGGUCAUCACAUUUGAUGACGGUAGCUCAUGGGAUUCCCUUGUCGCUCCUAGCGGUACCUGCUCCUCCGAAUCAUGUUCGCUGCACUUGCACUCAGUAACAGACAUGCACAACUAUGGCCCCGUUUUCUCGUCCCCCGCUCCUGGCUUCGUCAUGGGCGUGGGUUCCGUUGGAAAAGCGCUUGCGCCAUACGAUGAGAGCAAUACCUACAUGAGCAAGGACGCCGGCCUGACAUGGACUAUGGUCCGCGAAGGUGCAUCUCAAUACGAAUUUGGCGAUUCUGGAAGUGUCAUCGUCGUCGUCGACGACGAGCAACCUACCAACUCUAUCAUGUACUCCACGGACAUGGGCCAGACCUGGAACACAUACGAUUUCCUCCUCCUCGGCCAGGUCGUGAGGCAGUCCCCACAGUCCAAUGAAGGCCGUAACGCUGCCAUCUACCUCGACUUCGCUGCCCUUGGGCGCCCACAGUGUGGUCCCAAUGACAAGGAAUCAUGGUAUGCAAGAGCCAAUACCAAAUCAGAGUGCAUCAUGGGUGCCAAGCAAUGGUACACCAGGCGCAAGGCUGAUGCGGAUUGCUACAUGGGUGAGAAGUUCCAUGAUCCGGAAGUUCAUGAUGAUAAGUGCCCAUGCGAGGAACAUGAUUAUGAGUGUGACUAUAACUAUGUGCGGAGUGAUGAUAAAUGUGUGCCUUCGGGCCCAGAGCGCAUACCCAGUACCCAGUGUACCCUUGGGACGCCCGGCGAAACGUACAUGGGUUCAUCAGGAUAUCGCAAGAUCCCUGGGAACAAGUGUGAAGGUGGCUCUCGCAUGGACGAGCCCAUGUCUAAAGACUGUUCCGGAGACUGUCAUCCAUUCGCUAGUGAUAUUGUACAGAGCGAGUUUUUCAAGGACUCGAAGACCGUCCUUGUCCGUCUUGCCGACUUCACAAUAUGGCAAUCUAGUAACGAGGGUUACACAUGGGAACAAAAGUUCCCAGAGGAGCGUUUCCUAGUGUUCUAUAUGCACACACACACCGACGACCGCGCAUACCUUAUCACCGAUUCCAAGAGGUUUUACUAUACAACAGACACUGGCCGCUACUGGCACCCUUCCGAAGCGCCUUCGCCUCCCAACACCUUCGGGGCCCAAGUGGUCCGCUUCCAGCCUAAGUCCGAGUAUCUCAUCUGGAUCGGUAAUGUGGACUGCCAAUCAGGGUAUCAAAACUGUCGCGCGCAGGCUCAGUACACAUGGAACAAUGGACGGGAUUGGCGGUUGGUGGAGGACUAUGUCGUCAACUGUGACUGGGCGCGCGAUGAGGAGCUGCGGAUCGAUUCAUCUCAGAUCCUAUGCGAGUCGUAUGCGGACAAACAGGGCUCGCAGGCAUUUUUCGGGAAAGAGAAUGCGUUGCAACUUGUGUCUGGGACGGACUAUUAUGCGAAGAAGACGAAGCUUUUUGACCAUGUCGUGGGGUUCACCAAGUUUUCAGAGUUCUUAAUCGUGGCUGAGUACCUCCCGAUGAGGGGCACGCUCAACCUUCAGGUCUCACUUGAUGGACGUACGUUUGCUUCUGGGAACUUCCCCCCUGGCAUGCAUCCAGAUUCUCACGCAUACACUGUCCUUGAGUCAAGCACUAAAUCCAUCUUCCUACACAUGACCAUGAACGAAUUUCCAACGCCAUGGGGCAACAUCCUGAAAUCUAACUCCAAUGGAACAUACUUUGGGCUGUCCAUCGAUAACGUGAAUAGGAACAAUGGCGGCUUUGUCGACUUUGAGAAGCUCGUGGGGUUGGAUGGCAUUGCAAUUAUCAACAUAGUAGCCAACCCUGCGGAGGCUGCACUCACGGGACACAAGGUUCUGCAGACGAGGAUUACGCAUAAUGACGGUGGCACUUGGAAGCCGCUUCUACCCCCUUCAGUAGAUUCACUGGGUGUGAAGUACCCUUGUACAUCAGUGGGCUGUGCACUCCACGUUCACGGAUAUACAGAACGCUUCGAUGCCCGGGCAACAUAUAGCAGCCCAUCCAUCGUCGGCGUGGUGAUGGCAGUCGGGAAUGUGGGUGAAUCGCUCGCCGCCUACACUGAGAGCGAUACCUUCCUGUCCCGGGAUGGCGGGUUCACAUGGGAAGAAGUUCACAAGGACGCCCAUCUCUGGGAGUUCGGCGAUUCAGGGUCUAUCAUCGUGAUCGUGAACGAUGAGGAACCGACGGACCAUGUCCUGUUUACCACAGAUGAGGGUCUCACUUGGCGAGAAUUCAAAUUCACGACUGAGAAGAUCAGAGUGAGGGAUAUCAUGACGGUGCCAGAGGAUACGAGCCGGAAGUUUAUGCUCCUGGGUCGUUAUCCCGCGACGGCUGGCUCGGUGAUCGUACACUUAGACUUCUCAUCUCUCACGCACCGAAAAUGCCUCGUGGAUGCCGAAAACCCUGGAUACGAUGACUUUGAGCUAUGGAGCCCCAGCGAAGAAAGAGACUCACUUUGCUUGUUCGGUCGACAGACGCUCUACCAUCGCCGCAAACGGGAUGUGAACUGUGUUGUUGGAGACACACCCAAGGCACUAGACAACAUUGUACAGAAUUGUACAUGUGCGCUGGAGGACUUUGAGUGCGAAUUCAACUAUGUCCACAAUGGGGAAGGCCAAUGCGUUCUUGUACCGGGGAUGACAGCACGACCGCCCGAUGAUUCAUGUCGCAAUGGGGAAGACUACUGGUAUGAACCUACGGCGUACCGCAAGGUGGACUACUCUAGUUGUGAGGGCGGCGACCGCAUAGACCGAGGCACGCAACACUUGUGCCCUGGUAUUAAUGGCCACAGCGCGAUAUUCUGGAUGAUGGCGCUUGUCGCAUGGUGGUGGUACAGCAAGAGCGGAAUGGCGAGAGGGACGAUCCGUUUGCCCGGAGGCGACUAUUCGCAUGGGUCAGGGUCUGGUGCGAUGGCUACGCUGGCAUCUGUGCCAUGGUUCCUUCUCGGACUUGCGGGCAUCGCGUUCGAAUAUAUAGCGUCAAGCCUGGAAUCUGUAUCGAUGGGCUACCGCGCGAGGCGUGGAUAUAGGGAUGUACCUGUAGACGAGGAUGCGCAGGUCUUGCAUUUUGAGGAUGAGGAAUGAGCAGGGCACAGGUCAUACUUAGACGAGACUGCCUCGACUAUAUAUUAAUAGUUCAUACUUGUCCAUGUAGGUCAUAGCCAAUCGCUUUCCUAUGUAUUCUGGUUCUUAUUUAUCAUGGCUUCAUCCAAUGGUACUUAAUCGAGCGCA